UUCGGUUUCAAUUCAAGAGCACAAAAGCCGAGCUCUCAGCUCAGAGUUCGUCUAAGUUCGGGUCUGUGCGAAUAUUUUCAACUAGCCGCUUAAAAAGAUCUGCGACUUGUUCCGUACUUCCAUACGCCGUACAUACUUCGCGAAUCGUGGAUGUGCCGUGAGUGUACACAAAUCAGGGAAAGCCAAUAGGGAUAACGAACAUCCUUUAAGGGAUGCAAUACGAACUUGUGCGUGUGGUGUAAAGUGCAAAUUGCAAAACUGACAAAGUUUUUGUCAGCAAACGAAAGAACUCUUCAAAAAACAAAUACAUACUAAAGGAAGUGAACAAAAUUCAAAUUUAAAAUUCUAAACUCCAGUUGCGCAAGAAAUUAAGAUGGCACCGAAUAUAAUAGGCAGCACCUUUAUAUUGGCUGAGACAGCCAUUUCUGAUGCCAACAACAACAAGAUGGCACCAACUGCCGCACCUGUCCCGGUGAAGCAAGCACCAGCGCCGCCGGCCAAGAAGAUGACGCCAGUGGCAGCUGCUGCGCCAUCGAUGGAGACCAAGAAAUUUUCGGGUUCCACACCCUACAAAGCGGACAUUGUGUGGCACAAUGUUGUGCUCUUCAUCAUUUUGCAUUCGAUGGCAUUUUACGGCUUGUGGCUGAUCUUUGCGGAGAGUGCUUAUCUAGAGCUCAUAACUGCAUAUUUCUUCUCAGUCCUGGGCGGCUUGGGUAUCACGGCUGGUGUCCAUCGUCUCUGGUCGCACAAGGCCUACAAGGCAAAGCUGCCACUUCGCAUCUUCCUCAUGCUGUGCCAGUCGCUGGCCUUCCAGAACAGCAUCUGGGAAUGGACCCGUGAUCAUCGUGUGCAUCACAAGUUCACUGACACACACGCCGAUCCGCAUAACUCUCGUCGUGGCUUCUUCUUCGCCCACAUGGGCUGGUUGAUGUGCAAGAAGCAUCCCGAUGUUGGCAUUAAGGGCAAGCAGAUUGACAUGACCGACAUUGAGCAGGAUCCCGUCGUCAUGUUCCAGAAGAAAUACUACUUUGUGGUGAUGCCCAUCUGCUGUUUCGUUGUGCCCAUGAUGAUACCAUACUACUUUAUGGGUACCUCUCUCAAGGUGUGCUUCUUCACCUGCUCCAUGUUGCGUUAUGCCCUCUCUCUGCAUGGCACCUGGUUGGUCAACAGCGCUGCUCACUUCUAUGGCAUGAAGCCCUACGAUACGAGCAUUAGCUCGGUCAACUCCAAAGUGGUUGCUUCCAUUACCUUUGGCGAGGGUUGGCAUAACUAUCACCAUGUCUUCCCCUGGGAUUACAAAGCAGCUGAGCUGGGCACCUACAGUCACAAUUGGACUACUGGCUUCAUUGAUAUGAUGGCUAAGAUUGGACAAGCCUAUGACCUGAAGUCAGUCAGCCAGGAGAUGGUCUACAAGCGGGUUUUGCGCACCGGAGACGGAUCUCACAUUGCCGCCAAGUUGGAUGCCAAUAACAAUAAUAGUGCCCCAACCAAUGAGUUAGUAAUGCAUCUGGAUCACGAAAAGGAGGAGAAUGUUGUCUGGGGCUGGGAUGAUAAGGAUAUUAGCGAAGAGGACCGCAAGUUCGCCACAAUUGUCAAUAGUGAAGUAGAGUGUAAACAGGAUUAGACUACAAAGAUUGCGUCUCGAGUGCGUACUAUACUUAACUAAAUAUGCGAGCCUCUUUCUGGUUAGAAAUAAUUGGGACUGCAGUAUUUAAUAAUACUUUAAUAAUCGCGUACACUCCAAAUGGUAUCUGGUAUAAGGCGAAAUUAAUCAAUAUUGAAAGAGAGUCUGCUUUAACCAAAAUGUUGAUGGGUUGUUGAGGACGCAUCGAGGGCAAUGAAAUAAAUUGCUUCAAUUCCAAAAAUAAAUUUAUAUUCGAGAUAGUGUCAAUUUGUUCACAAAAUUCUGAUAGAGAACAGAGAAUAUAUAUGUAAAUUGUUAAUUUGUAACAAAUAUCGUACAAUAUUGGACACUUGACCCUAUAAAUGUGUAACAUAUGCUAUAACGACGCAAGAGGUUCUAGCGUUAGAUAUGUUAACUUCUAAGGAUUAAUUUUAAGUGACGAGAUACUUAAAAAUUUGUAAAUUGUUUAUUUGUUAGUUAUUAGGUGUGUAGGAUAUUAAGAUAUAAGUAUCUUUAAUCAUAAAACAGUUAAAAAUGAUCAGAAAAAAAUCACUGAAAUUCCAUAAAAUAUAUGUACUGUCUUUCGUUCAUCACAUACGAGUAUACGGGAAUUAGGCAGGUCUGAAAAUGGAAUAAAACUUUUCCUGAACAAUCAAA